AUGCAACUGUGGGAGAGCCAUGCUUCGGCACGAAUGGGUCGGCUCGACCGGAAUGAUACCACGGCCUCACAGAAAACCGGCGUGAAACAACCACAGCGUUGUGUUUCGCUAUGCUACUUUCUGAAGAUGUCUGCAAACGAGUCUGCUCGUUUGGAUCUGGAUUACCUGAUGGUAAGCAAUCAGCGCCGCCCAUGGACACCCGCAACGGAGCAGCUACGAGUACGAGUGAUUCGGAGAUUUAGGGAUUGGGGGAGGGGAAGGAUUGGGCCUCCGCGCCGGAAAUCUACAGCAGCUUUCACCGAUAUGCCAUUUUUUGUGGAGGAAAAUCAUAUAACAACGUGGGACCAGAUGAGUGAAGUACAUUGGAUGUUUUUAUCAAAUUUGAUUCCUACAACGACGGAACUGUUCGCCUACAACUGGUUCGGAGAUCAAGUCAAAGACAAGGGCACAGCGUUAAUCUUGGCCCUAUCCGAAUUCGAUUGGCCAAACAUGAGAAACAAAGACAAGAAGAAUUAUUUAAUAAUGGUGAGUUACAUGAACAAGGAGUUUCGCAUUAAAACUGCUUUGGGAUACGACUUGUCUCUGGUUACGAUGAGUUCAGUAUUCAAAGCGAGCUACCAAACAUUCGCUGUUCUUAAAACAGUGGAUCACUAA